AUGUCGAAUUUGACGAAUAAGCAGCAAGAGGAACUGCGAUACGCUAUUCUCGAUUACCUGAAUUCGUCUGGCCUAUCAUCCUCCUUCCAAGCUCUGAAACAGGAUGCUGGUCUAGAUGACUUCAUACCUGAUGGCAAACAAAAAUAUUCGGGAAUGCUGGAAAAGAAAUGGACGUCUAUCCUGGACCUAGAGACAAAGAUCCAACAACUACAAGAAGAAGUUGCAUCUGGUCCAAUACGGAAAGCUUCUGGAAGCAACGAAUGGUUGCCUAGAGCUCCUGAAAAGUUGGCUCUCACUGGCCACAGAUCUCCCAUAACACGUAUUGCCUUUCAUCCUGUGUUCACCAUUGUCGGUUCAGCUUCGGAGGAUGCGACUGUCAAGAUGUGGGAUUUUGAGUCUGGUGAAUUCGAGAGAACGCUCAAGGGACAUACUAAAGCUGUCCAUGACUUGUGCUUUGACGCUAAAGGAAACCAUCUAGUGACGUGCUCGGCAGACCUGUCGAUAAAGCUAUGGGAUGCCAAUUCGGACUACAAGUGUAUAAAAACACUACAUGGCCAUGAUCACAGUGUCUCGUCUGUAGCAUUCACGAUAACAGGAGACCUGAUUGUCUCUGCUUCUCGAGACAAGACAAUCAAGAUAUGGGAAACAGUCACUGGCUUUUGUGUCAAGACCUUGUCUGGCCACUUAGAUUGGGUUCGAGUCGUCAGACCGUCUCUAGAUGGGAAGCUGUUGACUGUUCGAGUAUGGGACGUGUCGACUGGUGAAUGCAAGGCAGAGCUUCGUGGACAUGAUCAUGUUGUAGAAGACGUAACAUUUAUACCUGUGAUCGCUUAUCCUGCUGUCAAGGAACUGGUUGGUGGUGAGGGAACCAAGACAAGAGAACAGCCUGUAGAAGGACAAUAUGUAGUAUCAGGUUCACGAGACAAGUCGAUUAGAAUUUGGGACGUUGCCACAGGCCAGUGUAUACACACCCUGAAUGGUCAUGACAAUUGGGUCCGAGGAGUCACAACACAUCCAGCUGGAAAACACCUCAUAUCAGUAUCUGAUGAUAAAACCAUGAGAAUAUGGGAUUUAAGAACAGGACGAAACUCGAAAACGAUAGAUGCCCAUCCACAUUUCGUGACAUGCAUCGACGUGAAUCCUGAUCAACAUCUAGUGGCUACAGGUGGUGUUGAUCAAACAGUGAAAAUCUGGACCUGCUCAUAA